CGUGCCAUUGUUGAAAAUUCGUACGAGGGAUUUCACCCCUCCGCACCUUUUGUUCAACAAAAUAAUCAAAAAAAAAAACAUAAAGCAAGAGAUGAAUCUCCCCCGCCUACAAACAGCAGCUCAAAAUCUCGAAAUGGAAAACCAAGCAGGAGCUCCGGCAGUAGCAGAGUAUCACGACGCUUACGACGAUUUCAGAGAUAAAUACAACGACAACGCAAUCAUCGCUAAAGAUGACGAUUUUGGCGAGGGUGAUGACGUGUGCCCCAUCUGUUUAGACACCUUCACCAUCCCAUGCAAAUCCAAUUGUGGUCACUUGUUUUGUGGGGGUUGCGUUCUGCAAUUGUGGAUGUAUCGAUACUCAAUUCAGCCCUGCAAAUGCCCCUUGUGCUGCUGCAGAAUCGUCAAUUUGGAGGUGCAAGCAUCUGAAGAAGCUGAUAAUGGCGGUCGGGUGAGAAAGGAAGUGCAGCACUACAAUGGCCUUUACAUCCCUGGCCUCUUUGGCUCGCUCCAUACAUUACCAUUACUAAUGGGGAGGAUAUUCAGAGUUCUAGUGGAUCUUGAUUAUUUGAGAGCCAUCUACUACGUACUGCGCAUCAUCGGGUUAUUUCUGGGAUUCAUCUAUGAACUGCUCGAGUUUGAGUUUUUACCAACUGGAGGGUUGGGAAUCCAUAGAAUGUUCGACCUCAUCGCUAGCUUGCUCGUUGCUGCUCUUUUUGUGGUAGGUGUGGUGUAUAAAUGGACGCUUAAACGUCGUGCCAGGCUCCUGGUAGUCGUAGAUACUUCGCUCAGGAAUGUCACUUGAUUUUGCUGUUUAUGUCCAACGCCAUCGUUACUUGUUGUACUUAAAUAGCAUUUGUAUCAUAUAUAUAGGUAGAUGUAAAUUAUAACUGAAUGUAAAAAAGUCUGAAUUUAGUGUAUAUAGUAGGAUGUUGGUUGCUACACCCCACAUUAAAGUGGAGGACUACCCUAUAUAUCAAAAUGAUACGUAUGUCUAUCAUUUUGAUACACAGUAUAUAUAGAGACAGAUUUGUUA